UGUUAGAUUAAGGUGUCAGAUGUCAAUUCAAAAUUGUCAUUAAAUAUUUAAUUUGCUUGUACGCCUAAAAAGCGUUUUUUAUAAAAAAUAACUAGUUUAUAGUUUUUUAAUUUUAAUUUAAACAUGGAUGUCUUUUUAAUGAUUAGGCGGAAAAAGUUAACCAUCUUCACAGAUGCAAAAGAUACUACAACUGUAUUGGAAUUGAAGAAAAUGAUUGAAGGUAUACUUAAGGUCCCACCACCAAGUCAAAUGUUGUUCAACAAAGACAGUCAACUUAUGGAGGAUGAAAGGACCCUGGCGGAAUAUGGUUUGACCUCUGUAACAGCUAAAGCACAAUGCCCGGCACCAAUUGGACUUGCUUUAAGGAAAGAAAAUGGCGAAUUUGAAGCAUUGGAUCUGACACCAUAUUCAUCCCCACCCGAUCUACCAGAUGUGAUGAAAUCACAGGAAACCAAUGGACAGGAACAGAUGGAUCAACACUAAAUACUAAUGGAUCAAAGCUGAUACAAGAAACAUCUAGGUAUCUAGACAUAUUGUUCAACGAAUUUUACAUAACACGGCCAGGCGUGAAGGCAUAAUGGUUCUUGCAUAUAUUAAUAAUUGUUCUUUUGAUAUUUUAUGCAAUGUUUACUGCAAUAUUGAAACAAUGAUUGAGAUAAAUAGUUUGAGUUGAGCUUUACAAUGAGAAAAAAAAGGAUUCCUAUAUGCCAUGUCGCUGGUUAUAUUGCUAGUUAUUUUCUUGAUCAGCAAUGCAAGAAUAUGUAAUAUAUAGCUAUUUCUGGGAACCCCAUUUUAAAGUUAAUGGUUGUCAACAACUACAUAUGUUAGUUGGUUCUCUUAGUAACUAGAGGACAAGUUAUUACACAGUAUCAACUAUUUAUCUUGAUAUGGCAUACUAACCUUUUUCUGGUUUAUUGUGUAUCAAAAUUUUGAGAUAAUAAUUUAUAUAUUCUCUCUUACGGAUUUUUUUUACCUGAAUAUUUUAUAUAUAUAUGAUAAUAAGAUAAUGCUUGCUUAAGUAAUUAGCAUUCAUUGCGAAAAAUUCAAAUGCUCUAUAAUGGGAGUACCAUUCAUUAAAACAUUUAUGAUAAUUAAAUAAAAAAUGCUAUUUUACUUGUAACUGCACAGCUUAUACAAUAUAACAUGAUCUCCAUAUUCAUUCUAACAAAGUCAUAAUGAUAAUUAACUAUUAUUCACUGAAAAGAGAGUUAGUCUUAAACUCAGUAAUGCUACAUAAUUCAUUCAGGCUUAUACAGUAAGCCAAAUGUAUUAACAUUAAUAAUACCUUGUUAAAUUAAUUGAUUUAGUGUGUCUAGAUAAAAUAAUAAUUGUAAUUAGUACGGUGAUAUUUUGUAUUGCGCAUAAUAGAUUAAGUGUAUCAUCAACUAGUUUGCUAAAGAAAGUAGUACCACUAAGAUCAUGACUGGAUAAAUAAUAUGUUUCAUAAAGUAUAGAGUAUCAAAUGUCGCUAGUUGCGGUCAUUGCACUGUAGGGUGACCAUCAUUAAGGCUGAUAUGAGAACUAAAUUAUUAACUGGGUGAUAUCAAAGUUGAAAACAAAAGUCCAAAUACUUCAAAACCUUCACAAUCCUCUUGGCUGUUAAUUACGAAUUAAUAAUUUUUAUUACCUAUUGAAAUAAUAAUAAAAUAAAUCACAUACAUUAUUGAAUAUACUUAUAUCUAUUAUAGCAAUACUGUAUGGUGACAUAAAGGUACUUUGUGUGUCACAAUCCAUGUUUAUCUUUGGCUUUUAAUUCCUAAAAUUCUAUACUAACGAAGUGGCAAUACAUGAACAUUAUUCCCCACUCUAUUAGUCUAUAAUAUGGAAGAUAGAGGCAAGGAGUAUCAUCUCUUAAGGGAGAAAAGUUUCCAGCUUAUGUAGUAAAUAACAGUUCAAAAACCUUCGACAAUGGCACUGGUUCAGGCACAGGGUGUGGUAUGAAGUAUGGUGAAUGUAGCAAUUAUUGUAAACGAAUUGAAGUAAGUAUGCAGAGUUAAAAAAUUGUCAAGUAAAGUAGUUAAAUAGUGAAAAUUUCAACAAACGUACAAAAUAAUCUAGUAAAUAUAACCUUGCACCUAAUUGAUUAGUAUAAUUAUAAAUUUGGCGCUUUUUUUAAAUAUUUACCGUGCUGCUACUGUAGCGCCACUCUUAAAUAAUACAUUUUGACAGACACUUUUUGAUAUACACAGAUGAUUCUCCUUGCCUAUACCCUCCAUAGUCUAUAAUAAUAAUAGGUAUUGCUAUGAUAAUAAUCUAUUUGUCUUACUUUUAUUGCUAUUCAUUAAGAAAAAGUUUGGUUGUAUAUUGCUAAACCAAACUGCUACUAUGAGUAUGGUCACCUAUUGCAGUAGAAUAGGUGGUGAAGAUCCUGUGUGAUAUUUAUGUACUUAUGGUGUUUACAAGUAAUUUUAAUGAUAAGUUGAAAAAGCUGUUUGUUGUCAACACAUGCCAUAAAAGUAUUAUAGAUAGAUUAUUAUUUAUUUUCAUUCAAUAAAAUCUUGCUAAAGCACACUUUAGAACGAAUUUUAAACGCUGAUAAUUUAUAUUUGGUCAUAUAGAUGAGAACAAGAAGAGCUAGAAUAGUUCCUAACCUUCAUUCAAAACUUAGUAAAUAUUGUCCAAGAUAUUAUCUACAAUGAUGGGUCGAAUAUUUGAAAAUUGCACACUUUAAUUUCAUUUGUAUUUUUUACUUAGAACGAACUAUUAUAGUCUUAGUUAAAUUAAUUGGGUAUGAUGUGGUUUGGGGAUGUGGCUCUAAACAUCAUAUUGCAUAUAACGAUGGUUCUAUGUGGAAAACAUAAUUAAGGAUUUAUAUUGUACCCUUAUGUGUAUAAAAAACUUUCAUUCAGUGUCAAUAAAAUAACAGCUAUCAUAUUUAAUUUAAACUGUUACUAUUCCGUUAUAAUGAUAUAAAACACUGACCUCUACUAUAUACCACUGGCUUUCAAAGUGAAUUUGAUAUUCGCCAUUUUGGCGCUGUUGGCCAUGUAGCGAGAGUCUGCGGUACUAAAACUAGUGAUGACAACCUCACCAAGCAUCGAUAGAUGGUGGGACUAUUUACAAAAAAAAUGUGUACUUUAUUACGUUCAUUCUUGAUGUAUAAAUAAACGAAACAAACCAAAUUACUUUAAAAUGCAAAAAUACUUCAGAGUAUUAUAAGUUCCUUCGCAGCCAUUUGUAUUAUACGUCAAAAUCAGUUCUCUGGACGCUCGCGAGUGGCGCUUCAAAUAGGCAUAAAAAAUUUGCUGUCAAACUUAUGGAACAACCUGACCAGUGGUAUUUAUACAGGUCAGUGAUAUAAAAACACAGUAAGCUACUAGUUUGAUUGGCUAAUAAUUAACAAUUUCUGUGUAACGAUUGACAAUGAAUGAGAGAGUCAAUUUGUGUUCAAAAUCAAAUGACAGUUGCUAAAUGAGAAUAUAUUGUACUAAAUGAGUUUCGUUCGAAAAUAAAGUCUGGUGGUCUAACGUUACAAAUUGCUUGUUGUUUUUUAACACACUUGUCUACGCAAAUAAAAGUCAUUCAUGCUGACAGUAUGACACCGCACGUCAUAUUGUUAAUUCUAGCUGACAUAGUUUUGAAUAACCCGUAUUCUAUACUUUGGGAUAUCAGUCGUAGUUGAUAAAAUUAAUCGAUCAAUUAAAUAAUAAUUCUUCAUAUAUACAUAGUGUCGGCCCACGAAUAAUGCCUCAUUAUUUUUUUUUUAUUACUUAUUUUACGGGACUGUGUUCAAGGCCAAACUGAGCCUUUUUUCAAUAAUUGUCUUCGAUUUCCCCUGGUUUCAAAAAUUGUAAUUUUUAAGCUAGAUAACAUUUCACGAAACUGUUGAUUGUGAUUUGUGUUCCCAAAUCCUGCUUCCAUAAGCCUAUGACAUCAUUAUUGAAAAAAAAUUUAGGGUGUACAGCUAGUAUCAGUGUCAAGUAAUAGUUGGCGCGAAAAACGAUCUAAUGAUUUAUUAUAUUUAAUUAUUAAUGGUUUUAAUUUAUUUAAUUGAAUAGGUAACUAAACUUUGUAGCGUAAUUCUUCAAUAUAUUUUAUCCCCAUAGUUUAGUUCUAUGAUGAUGAUGAUAUAGGAAUCUUAAACGCCGAAUGAGUAGCCAACACACACUUGGUAAGGUGCACAUGUUGGAAAUCUGGAUUUUUUGGACGCAAAUUUAUUUACCGCGAAUAACAAAAUUUGUUACCAAAUGAAAAUUCCCACGAAAUAAGACCUUAGUAUUAAGUUUGCACUAAGAAAUAUUUAUCACUUUUAUAAAACUAUUAUUUGUAAAAAAAAAUUUCAACUUGUUUGUGUGUUCUUGUAAAUUAAAUACACAGCAAUAAUCCUUAUGACAAUUUUUAUUUAAUGUUUAGAUUUCGUGUAAUUAAUAAUUGUUUUGAGUAAUCUAGUUAAACAAUAGUCAUGAUUGUGAAUUUAGAAUAGUUACAUGUGCAAGUAUGGGAAAUUUUAAGAACCAACGGAAUAAAGCUGUUUCGAUUUGU